GUGGUGCUUGUAAACAUGGCGGCGGUCAGUGAAGGGUUAACGUGUCUGACUGCUCGCUGAGGAAGAGGAGGAGGAAAAGGAGGAGGAAGAGCAGGGUCGAUGCGUCAGUCGCCGAUGAUGAUGAUGAUGAUGAAGAAAAAGAUGAUUCUCCGGCUUGGCGGUCCUGUGACGUCUUGAGAAGACCUCCCGUGGGGCGGGGAGACGAUGGGGGACGGAGGACCCCUCCAGGUGGAGGGCAACGCCCUCCUCAAAGCCGUCUUCCAGGGCAAGCUGAGGCUGACCCGUCUGCUGCUGGAGGGCGGUGCUUACAUCAACGAAGGCAAUGACCUCGGUGAAACUCCCAUCUCGGCUGCCUGCUUGGCGAACUACGAAGACCAUCAGACUCGCCACAGGAUGGUGCGCUACCUGCUGGAGAAAGGCGCCGAUCCAAACAUCCCCGACAAGAGUGGGAGGACGGCCCUCAUGCACGCCUGUGCCAAGCAAGCCGGGAAGGAGGUGGUUUCCCUCCUGCUGCAGAACGGGGCGGAUCCCAGCCUCAAAGACUAUUCAGGAAGCUCCGCCCUCAUGCACGCUCUCAACAGGGGGGACCGCGACACACUGCAGAUCCUGUUGGACGCCUGCAGGGCCAAAGGCAAGGAGGUCAUCAUCAUCACAACAGAUACAUCUCCGUCCGGUACCAAAAAGACAAAGCAGUACCUCAACUCUCCUCCCUCUCCGGGCGUCGUGGACAAGGUGUCCCCCGCUUGCAUGUCGCCAUCGGAGGUGGAGAUUGCCACUUCAUCUCCGGCAGCAGAAGAUGGAAUGUUCAGCUUUUCCCUGGCCUCCGCCUUGCCUUUACCUUCCUCCACCAAGAGACCACCCCCUCGCAAGCUCCUCAAGAGGCUAAACUCAGAGCCUUGGGGUCUGGUGGCACCCUCGGUGUCGUGCACGGUUCCUCAAGAGAGUGUGAGUGGGCGUCUGGACGAGGAGGAGGGCGGGUGCGACCUGAGCAGAGCGGUGAUGGAAAUAAACGGACUGUGCCUCACAGAGACAACGAGACCUCUGUUGUCACGGCGACACAGCAUUGAGACCCACGACCCUUGUUCGGCUAAAGUCAUUGACCGAACCUCGUCCGAGGACUGCCCCAUGCUGUCUGCUUCCUCCUGGGCUGACAAGGUCCAACAGCACCAGAGCCUGUACCGCAGGAGCACAGCGCCAGAGGCCCAAGAGAACGCUGGACCGUCCAGUGUUGGUGCCACACAGAUCCUUCCUCAUCCCAAACUUAUCCGUAUAGAGCACUCGGAGUUGGACAACCACCUGAGUCCAGAUUCCAUUCCGGGAUCUCCUGACUCUGGGCGAAUGUCUGUGGAGCGGAGGAGGUACAACGCUUCCCCCUUGUCUCUGGUCACCAGCUCCUCUCGUGAGUCUCUAGAGAACAUCCCUAACUCCGUGUCCCCCAUCACCGUGCGUCGACGUACCCCUGGGCUCCUAGAGCGCCGUGGCUCCGGGACCUUACUCCUGGACCACAUAUCGCACACCAGGCCUGGUUUCCUGCCACCACUCAAUAUCAACCUCCAGAGACCCAUCCCAGACAUCCGGGCUGGCAGCAAGCCGCCCUCUCCAGUCCAUAGUGGACACAAGAUCCUGUGUCCCGUGGCCCCGUCCUCACCCAAACGUGGUCCAGACUUCAAGACCAAGAAGAAGCUGAUGAGAAGACACUCCAUGCAGACGGAGCAGAUGAAACAGCUCUCCACCUUCCAGGAGAUCCUGGCCGAGAAGGUCAUUGAGUCGAACGGAGACUGAUGACCUUUUCUUCAAUUUUUGUGCCAACAAAAAACUUGACAGAUUUAACAAAUAUACAUUUGAAUACCUAUAGAAAUAUAUUGUAUCUAAAAGAGCUGUCUUUCUGUAUGCCUAAUGGACUUAUUGCAGUACUUGGUACUACGUUUAUGUAUCUUCAGCAAACAACCAAUCACGGGCGGGGCUUAACCAUCUCUCGCUUCUUGUUCUUCUCUGCUUGAAGACUUGAAGCUGAAGAAGUUUCAGGGAGAACAAGAGACGUCAAGCGAGAUGUCGCCGUCUGCUGGGCUAAAAAGAAUUCAGGGUUGACGUUUCCAACCUACAGUUGCCCCGUCCACUUCCUGCACAGAAUGACGUUUUCAGUCAUUAGACGCCAAAUGUGUUUUCUCUUUGCACCAAGAAAAUGUGUUUAUUUUUAUGGACGUGUCGUGGAUGAAUGGUGAAAAUAGUCUGAACUUUUUUUCCACCAACAGAGGGCGCUCAAGGCUCCAGCAGCACCAAAAGAAAAUGAACAUUAUUGAUAUUUCCAUUGAUCUGUGGGCUCUUUUGACUCAUUCUUUUCCAGUCGUCUCAGUGUGUCUGUGUAGACGCUUGCUAUUGCGGCUAAUGCUCGCAAGGAGUACAAUAACAAAAAAAGUUUGCUUUUUAACUAAAAGAAAACAACUUAAAGGGACUGUAUACAAUGGGCGCCAACAUUGAAAUGUGCUGCAAGCAUAUAUCUGGCCCUCUUCCUGCUUUGAGUACAUACAGUACGUGAUAGCAAUUUGGCGAAGUUUAGUUACUAACAUUAGCUAUCAUUGAAUGUACAGCCUAUUUUAACAAAAUGAAUGUUGAAGUGUUGAUUGUCUCUCUGAUACUGCUUUUAUGUGUGUCUAGGCACUACGACAUGUACGUGAAUGCCAACAGCUGUGAGUGACAGCCAUGAACGCCAGUUCUUUUAUUGGAGCUGAGUGAAAAUUUACAACAAUUUGUAUGCAGCUUAACUCGUAAUUGUGAAAAAUGUGGACAUUUUUGUGUACACUGUUUUUUUAAACCACUAUUUGUAACAUAUGCUAGCAGGUAGUAAAAAAAUAUAUGUAAUCUUGAGCCAGUUGCAUACAGUCCCUUUAAUAGACUUUGUCACCACAUGCUGUUGUUCCACAUCCAGGCUGCUGGAAUGAAUAAUGUGAUCAAUAAUGUGAUAAAGACGUCAAUCAGAGUAGGUGACUUGUAUUCAUAAUGCACUUUAAUAUACUUUAGGCUAAAUAGUUAGCAUAGCAAGUCAAUAUGGUGACGUUUAUUGAUUGUGAAGACGUGCGCUGCGUCCAUGCAUGUGUUGAACAAAUGUGAUCUUUUGUACAAAACUAUGACUUGUAAUUGUGUUGAAUAAAAUGCGAAGUUUAUGGGAUUCAAAUAUGGGAAAACAGUUUUUGGGUUAUUUAUUAAUUCUCUUGAUGCUGAAUGAUGAUGUAAAAUAAUA